CAAAUCUUCGUCAAGACUUUGACCGGCAAGACCAUCACCCUCGAGGUCGAGUCGUCUGACACGAUCGACAAUGUGAAGGCCAAGAUCCAAGACAAGGAGGGCAUUCCCCCAGACCAACAACGUCUAAUCUUCGCCGGAAAGCAGCUCGAAGACGGUCGCACUUUGGCUGACUACAACAUCCAAAAGGAGUCUACCCUUCAUCUUGUCCUUCGGCUCCGUGGUGGAAUCAUUGAACCUUCGCUCAAAGCCUUGGCCUCGAUCACCAACUGUGAACGAAUGAUCUGCCGAAAAUGCUAUGUUUGUCUCAACCUGCUCAUAUCUCGCUUGGGUUCAAGAUAG